AUGGCUGCAAAUAACCCACAAGAAAAUCCACUGGGCUCUCCCCUAGUGCACAUUAAAAUGUGUGAAUUCCAUGAUUCACCAACUGAUAUUAUUUGCGAGUACUGUGAUAAAUUUAACUGUGUCAAAUGUGCUAAAACAGAUCAUAAAGAUCAUAAUUGGAAAACUUUACCCACAGCAGCUACCGAGAGGAGGAGAAAUUUACCUGAACUUUUUAGGAAGAGUAAGGAAAGAGAUAUACCUAGAGUUGAAGAGAAGAUAGAAAUGAUAUCGGAAAGAAUCAUUGAAAAUAAAGAAUUGUGUGACACUGAGAUUAGAAAGCUUCAAAGACAUUAUGAUGAGAUGAUAAGCAGGCUAAAAAGGGAAAAUGGCAUUGUUGAGGCAGUUAAGUUUAUGGAGGACAACAACGUCACCAUGUCAGAUUAUAGUUUGAUUGACAACCACAGAGAACUGACACAAUUGCAGCCUACUCUGGAUGUUGAUUUAAAUGACUGUAAACAUUCAGUUAGAUACAGUAAAGGAGAAAUUAAUGACGAGGUGUUGCAUAGCUUAUCUGGAAAGACACUGUAUUUAAAUGAUAUCAGUUUGACUGAAGAAAACUCGUUUAACUAUGGAGAUAGACGAAUAACACUAUUGAGAGCAUCGAACGAAGAUGAAAGUUACAUAAGGCAAUCUGAGUCCAUAUGCACUGAAUAUAUUAACACGAAGAGUGCGAUUAAAGAUGAAUUUAAAAUUUCUCCGAGUGACAUGUGUGUUACUAAAAGUAGAGAUGUAUAUUUCAAUGACUUUAAAAACAAAACCAUCAGCAGCCUGUCACCAUCUGGAGCUAUCUCUAUAGUCAUCAGUACAGAUCUUUUGGAAGCAUGUGGAAUUUGUGAGUCAUUGGCCGGUGGACUACUGGUUACACUGAGUGACAUAAAGUCAAAUUAUUUCCAAUUAGAGUCACACAGCAGACGUCUGUUGAGACACAUCACAUUGACAGGUGAUGUCAUCAAGGAGUAUGAAUACCAGGAGGACGGUCAGACCAGACUGUUUACAUGGCCAACCAGAGUCACACAGAAUAGUAACUGUGACAUCAGUGUUGUAAAUGGUACAAGUAGCACUAUGGGUAAUCUAGUGAUCAUUUUUCCAACUAGUCGUAUAAGGUCUGUCUACCAUAUACAGAACCUAUCAGAGGACUUUAAGCCAACUGAUGUAGUGUGUGACUCCCUCUGUAACAUCCUUGUUACUGACCUUUACAACAAACGAAUUCAUUUGCUCUGUCCUGAUGGGUUAUUUCUGAAGUUCUUAUUGACAAAGAAUGAAACAUACCACCCAUUCAGAUUAUCACUAUACAAGUCUACAUUAGUUAUCGGUAAAGAUCCAAAGCGACCAUUGGGAAUCUGUCAGUCAAUGGAUGGUCGACUACUGAUCACCUUGAUAAACAAAGCAUUAGGUGUUUACAAUUCAGACAUCUGGAGAAUUGACGUCAUCCAUGAGUAUAAUUACCAGAUGGACAGCCAGACCAGACUGUUUACGUUUCCAAAUAUAAUCACACAGAACCACAGAACAGUAGAAGUGAUAUUUAUGUUGUCAACCGUACAAGAA